AUGCUUGAUACGCGCACGCGUGACACCCGCCGCUCACAGAUGAUCUCGCAUUACUCUAGAGCGGUUAAAUCCUUAGGCUUUCUUUUACCUUUUUUCCCCCUACCUGUUUCUUUUCCUUUUAUUGAUUUCUUAUUUUCUUUCCUUUCUUUUCUUUUUCCUUUCUUAUUUUCCUUCCUUUCUUUUCUUUUUCCUUUCUUUCCUUUCUUUUCUUUUUCCUUUCUUAUUUUCUUUCCUUUCUUUUCUUUUUCCUUUUUUCCUUUCUUUCCUUUUUCCUUUCUUAUUUUCUUUCCUUUCCUUUCUUUUCUUUUUCCUUUCUUAUUUUCCUUCCUUUCUGUUCUUUUUCCUUUCUUUCCUUUCUUUUCUUUAUCCUUUCUUAUUUUCUUUCCUUUCUUUUCUUUUUCCUUUCUUAUUUUCUUUCCUUUCUUUCCGUUUUCAUUUCUUUUUUCUUUCCUUUCUUUUCUUUUUCCUUUCUUAUUUUCCUUCCUUUCUUUUCUUUUUCCUUUCUUUCCUUUCUUUUCAUUUUCCUUUCUUAUUUUCUUUCAUUCUUUUCUUCUUCCUUUCUCAUUUUCUUUCCUUUCUUUUCUUUCCUUUUUCCUUUCUUAUUUUCUUUCCUUUCUUUCCUUUUUCCUUUCUUAUUUUCUUUCCUUUCUUUUCUUUUUCCUUUCUUAUUUUCUUUCCUUUCUUUUCUUUCCUUUCUUUUCUUUCCUUUUUUCCUUUCUUAUUUUCCUUCCUUCCUUUUCUUUUUCCUUUCUUUCCUUUCUUUUCUUUUUCCUUUCUUAUUUUCUUUCCUUUCUUUUCUUUUCCUUUCUUUUCUUUUUCCUUUCUUUUCUUUCUUUCCUUUUUCCUUUCUUAUUUUCUUUCCUUUCUUUUCUUUUUCCUUUCUUAUUUUCCUUCCUUCCUUUCUUUCCUUUCUUUUCUUUAUCCUUUCUUAUUUUCUUUCCUUUCUUUUCUUUUUCCUUUCUUAUUUUCUUUCCUUUCUUUCCGUUUUCCUUUCUUUUUUCUUUCCUUUCUUUUGUUUUUCCUUUCUUAUUUUCCUUCCUUUCUUUUCUUUUUCCUUUCUUUCCUUUCUUUUCAUUUUCCUUUCUUAUAUUCUUUCAUUCAUUUCUUCUUCCUUUCUCAUUUUCUUUCCUUUCUUUUCUUUCCUUUUUCCUUUCUUAUUUUCUUUCCUUUCUUUUCUUUUUCCUUUCUUUGCUUUCUUUUCUUUUUCCUUUCUUAUUUUCUUUCCUUUCUUUCCGUUUUCUUUCUUAUUUUCUUUCCUUUCUUUUCCUUUUCCUUUCUUUUCCUUUUUUUUCUUAUUUUCUUUCCUUUCUUUCCGUUUUCCUUUCUUAUUUUCUUUCCUUUCUUUUAUUUUCCUUUCUUAUUUUCCUUCCUUUCUUUUCUUUUUCCUUUCUUUCCUUUCUUUUCUUUUUCCUUUCUUAUUUUCUUUCCUUUCUUUUCUUUUUCCUUUCUUUUCUUUUUCCUUUCUUUCCUUUCUUUUCUUUUUCCUCUCUUUUUUUUCUUUCCUUUCUUUCCGUUUUCUUUUCUUAUUUUCUUUCCUUUCUUUUCUUUUUCCUUUCUUUCCUUUCUUUUUCUUUUCCUUUUGUUUUUUUCUUUCUGUUUUCUUUCCUUUUUUUUUCUUUUCUUUCUUUUUUUUUUUUUACUUUUUUCUUUCUUUCCUUUUUUUCCUUUCUUAUUUUCUUUUUCCUUUCUUUUCUUUUUUCCUUUUUUUUUUUACUUUUCCUUUCUUUUUUUUUCCUUUUUAUUUUCCUUUCUUUUCCUUUCUUAUUUUCUUUCCUUUCUUUUCUUUUUUUUCUUAUUUUUUUUUUUCCUUUCUUUUUUUUUCCUUUCUUUUUUUUUUCUUUUCUUUUUUUUUCUUAUUUUUUUUUUCCUUUCCUUUUUUUUUUUCCUUUCUUAUUUUUUUCCUUUCCUUUCUUUUCUUUCUUUUUUUUUUCCUUUCUUAUUUCUUUUUUCCUUUCUUUUUUUUCCUUUCUUUUUUUCUCCUUUCUUUCCUUUCUUUUUUUUUUCCUUUCUCAUUUUCUUUCCUUUCUUUUCUUUCCUUUUUCCUUUCUUAUUUUCUUUCCUUUCUUUUCUUUUUCCUUUCUCAUUUUCUUUCCUUUCUUUUCUUUCCUUUUUCCUUUCUUUUUUCUUUCCUUUCUUUUCUUUUUCCUUUCUUUCCUUUCUUUUCUUUUUCCUUUCUUAUUUUCUUUCCUUUCUUAUAUUCUUUCCUUUCUUUUCUUUUUCCUUUCUUUCCUUUCUUUUCUUUUUCCUUUCUUAUUUUCUUUCCUUUCUUAUAUUCUUUCCUUUCUUUUCUUUUUCCUUUCUUUCCUUUCUUUUCUUUUUCCUUUCUUAUUUUCUUUCCUUUCUUUCCGUUUUCCUUUCUUAUUUUCUUUCCUUUCUUUUCUUUUUCCUUUCUCAUUUUCUUUCCUUUCUUUCCUUUUUCCUUUCUUUCCUUUCUUUUCUUUUUCCUUUCUUUUCUUUUUCCUUUCUUUUCUUUUUCCUUUCUUUUCUUUAUCCUUUCUUAUUUUCUUUCCUUUCAUUUCUUUUUCCUUUCUUAUUUUCUUUCCUUUCUUUAUCAAAAUUCCUUUUUACCUCGUAUAG